GUUUAAUGAUCUACAGAUAUCAGUACACUGCAAUUUUUCUAUAGAAGCUACUUUGAAGUUGAAUUGAAUGGUAGAUUGGCGUUCUGUUUAUUCGUGAUGUGAUUAUGACAAUGAUCUGAAAAUUUUUAAUGAUUCAAAGGUCUGACGUUCAUAAGUCAACACAUGGACUGCAACACAACACUUAUCGAGAUGUGUUAAUUUAGUUAUAAGACGGGGGGGAAAGGCCUAUAAACAUCUCUUAUUAUGAUGGAGUGUAGUUCUUUAUCAUUGCAAAUGUCAAUGACAGUGUCUUAUUAUUGUUUGUAAAAGUAGAGUAUUAGAUACAGUUCUUUUAUUGAACCUCGUUAUUAGGGUUGGGCAUCGAUGGAAUUUGAGCGAUUCAGGUUCCGAUUCCGGUUCCUUAGUUAGAUUCUGGUUCCAAACGAUUCUCGAUUACGAUUCUUUUAGGGGCCAGGGUAAAAAAAAAGUUUGCAUGGUUUAAAUAAUGGGUGUCCAAAUUAUGAACAUCCAUUUCCUUAGCAGCCCGCAGCAUAGACUAAAAUGAACAAUUGACCCGAGGUUCUUUAUAACCAGUAUCAAUAUCAAACCUCUGAACUAAAAGGCAAUAUGUGUGGAACUAACCCAAUUGACUUAAUAUUCAUGAAUUAAUGUUUCAAUUAAAAGUUAAAUACGGCAUUGUUAAAAUAGUUAUUUUAACUGUUUUAACUAUUUUAUUUUAUUGUUUCACUCACCCAGUUAACUGAGAGUUGACUUCACUAUAUAGUUGCCCCUGUAUUCUGUUUCGUCACGUCAAAUGGUUUAUAUGUGCAAGUUUUAAUGUGACUUCUUGUUUUAAACUUGUAGCCUUUUAUUUGGAAGGAUACUCACCGGAACUCAGCAUUUUGGCACGAAAAGUAACUUCACACGGCACCGGUGAUUUAUUUUUAUUUUUUUUAAUGGAUGGAACCAAACGCUAUAAAACACUGAUUCCUUUCCCGAUUUUCACCGAUGAGGCACAAGAUAUUUCUGCUGCACAAUGGCAAAUAUUUAAAAGCCUGAAUCAGCUGCUGAUAUGGUGGACCUUAGAAGCCCCCAGUCUCACAUUGGAGUGAGAGUCUGGGGAGAAUAUUGCAACGGGUUAUGGCUUUAGGAGAUCAUCUUCCACAAGAAUCUAUUUGCACCGCUUAGAAAUAAGAGAUUGGAAGAUGGAGAGAGUGGCAGCUGAGAGGGAGAUGGACGCCCUUACAGAUUCUGAUGAGGAGCUCUCCGAUGGUGAUUCCCCUUCAGAAAUUAAGUCGAGUCGGGUGACGAGAGCAGCGGAAGACAACCGUGAGUACACAGUGAAUGCUCAGGCCAUCCCAAACUCGGCCACACCUCACGACUCUGGAAUUGGUGAUGUGGAGUGCUGUGGCUCUAUGGAGGGCAGAGAUGAUACCGAGGAGGUUUCUGACGGAAUGGAACACGAAAGCGCUGAUGGUCACGUAAGCUCCCGAGUCAUAAAUGAAGAGGACGAUGAAUCUGGGAAGGCGCAGCACCUGAACGGGGAGUCGACCUGGAGGAGCUUCGGAUCAGGAAGGAAGUGCAAACUGAGGAACAGCGCAUCAUUUUCUGAGCAGAGCAAUCAAAGUGCUUUCACGCCACCCUCCUUUCAAAAAGGUGGUUUUGUGUCGAGCAGCGGCAGGCACAAGCAGGCCCGCAGACGCAACCAUCACCAUCAUCAGUUGAACCGCGGCCGCAGGCGCACGGGCAAACAACUCGUCUUUGCUUUUAAAGAAAUGCUGUCUGAGUCUGUCAGUGUCUGGUGCAUCUCCUGUGUCCACAUGAUGAUUGAGAUUAUUGUCACAUUAACUCACAAUUGUGGCAUUGGUGUGGAGACCGGAGGGUUGAAACUUUUCCGCUUGGGGCAGCAGCUCAUGGGAAAGAUUACUGACAUUCCGGGAAUGAAGGCAGAUGCCAGUCGGAUUUUAAAAUGGAUGAAAUGCGCAGGCACGGAUGUGGUGGAUAAAGUUGUUGGGUCACUCAAGUGGACUAAACAAACUGCCUUGUCGACUCUCAGACUUCUUUGUGCUCUGCUCGUGCUCGGGUCCCAGCGGGUGAAAAGUGUCUUGAUCUGGCUUGGUGGAGAGAGGGGAAAACGGUAUUGGACAACGUUCCAGGAUACACGUUUUUGGAAGAGGUUGGUGUUUUUUGUGGAAAGAGUCAGAAAGCGUUUCAGGAGGGAUGGACACAUGCACACGCCCGGCUUCGAGUCACCGGGACGAGCUGGGAGAGGCCCGCCAGGCCAGGAGCUGGAAAGACUGCUGGCCCUGGCAGAAGUCCCAGAAGAUGAGCUUGAUCCCUUCACGGUGCUCGGCGUGGAGGUCCACGCGACUGAGGCUGAGCUAAAGAAGGCCUAUAGACAGCUGGCUGUCCAGGUCCAUCCAGACAAGAAUAAACACCCACGAGCUGGUGAGGCAUUCAAAGUACUGCGGGCUGCCUGGGAUAUUGUCAGUAACCCAGAAACACGGAGAGAGUAUGAAUUGAAGCGCAUGGCGGCAACCGAGCUGUCCAAGUCCAUGAACGAGUUCCUCACCAAACUGCAGGACGAUCUGAAGGAAGCCAUGAACACCAUGAUGUGUACCAAAUGUGAAGGCAAGCACAAGCGCUUUGAGAUGGAUCGAGAACUCGCAGAGGCCCGUUUCUGUGCUGAGUGCAGUCGUCACCAUAGCGCUGAAGAGGGGGACCUGUGGGCUGAGUCCAGCAUGUUGGGCCUACGUAUCACAUACUUUGCCUGUAUGGACGGCAAAGUGUAUGAUAUCACAGAGUGGGCGGGUUGCCAGAGGAUCCUCAUUUCUCCAGACACACACCGUGUGCCCUAUCACAUCUCCUUUGGGUCCAAGAACAACAGCAAUGCCGCCAGAAACAGGCCACACUCGGAGCACGGUUCCGGUUCCGGUCCAGCCAAUCCAGCCGACUUGCAGGACUUCUUCAACCGCAUCUUCAAGGGAGCAGCCCCCAGUGACAUGCCAGCCAACGGGGGCUUCUUCCCCUCAGGUCCAUCUCACCACCCCCCGCCCGGUGCUGGAGCUCCCCCGUUCUCUCCUCCUCCAGGCCAGACAGGCUUCUUCAUGCCGGGGGCCCAGCGCCCUGAGCCCAGCGAGCCGUGGGCCGAGGGCGGCAAACCUCCGCCUCGGAGGAAGAAGAAGGUACGCAAGCCCUUCCAGAGGUGAAGUCUGCUGAGACAGGACGGCUACUAAAACAACCCAGGGACUCAUUCAGCACAGGCUGGUUUGGGGUCUUGCUGACAUCUCAGCGAGAGGGGAUUUAUUAUGUUGCUUGAGAAGCUGAGGUCCCACAAGACCUGAACAUGAGCUUUGGGCUCCUUUAACAUGUUUGAAGGUUCAAGAGGUGUCAGCGAUGGUGCGUUCGUUACCCCUCAUUUCACCUUAGUUUGGCUUCAACUUCACACUGACUGUAGCCUUGCUAUUCUUCUGCAGCCUCUCCUACCAAGUCCCGCACCAUUUAUUUACCUGCUCUUUGCUACUUCGAGUCACUCACUUCCUUUGGAAUCUAAAUCUUCACAAGCCAUCGUGGCACCAGGCAUGGCUCACCAUAAUCAGCUAAUCAAUAUGACAAUAUUGACCUUGUCAGCAGCACUACGUCAGUGUUACAUAACUAUAUUUCAGUAAACAUCCAUGCUAGCAGUUACUUAAAAAAAAAAAAGUCUCUUAUACUUCCUAAAUUUGAGAUCCCAAUGAGCUCAGUCCCAAAUUAGUAUUAGCAUAUGUUAAUCGUCAAAGAGGGAGCCACCAUCAAUGCUAUAGAAUCUGGAACUUACAAAAAAAAAAAAUCAGAUGAAACAUUUAUAUGCACAACAAUAAAUUGAGAACUCUGGUGGUGGAAAGGUCAGAUGGCAUGAGUUUCCACUGUCAAUGUACCAAGCUACUGGGACGCCAUCUGACUGAAAAAUAACCUCUUUUAACAUGUUUCUCAUCUUGUCACUAUCUGAUUACAUGCCAACCGGAAGAUGACAUGCCGUUUUAAGCCCAACAUAGCAGUGCUUCGUGGUAGAGGUUUCAAAUGGUCUCAAAGCCGAGACGGGCCUAGUGAUUGGUCUAUACUGCCCUCUGUUGUUCAUCAAAGCAUAGUUUUUACACCACCAGUUAAAAGUAAAACAAACACUAAUUUUAGCAUACUGUCUCUGCAACCUAAAUCUUAGUGUGUCUAAACUAACUGAAUUUGAAUGGUAAUUAAAACGUUUAAAAGGUCAUACUCAGUUAAAAUAACUAGGAAAACUAAAGCGUUUACACGUACUGUGUGAAGAUUGCCAGAGCAAGCGGGGUGCGUUUACACAUAUUGUGUGAAGUUUGCCAGAGCAAGCGGGGUGUGUGAUAAAAGCCGUCUUUUUGUUCUUUUCGGUAGAGAGUGAAUUUUAUUCCUUUUUUUGUUAAGGGCCUGUGACCUUUUACAGUGUUGGAUGAGCCCAAGCUGUUUGCGUGCAGCUGCAUUGCGAUGCCUCUGUGAGUGGAAGUGGUUACCUGUUUUUUUUGUUUUUUUUAAAAUAUAGUUUUAGCGUGUUGAAGCAGGAUGCUGCCAUACCCCCCCCCCCCCCCCCCCCCGUGUGUGAAAUUGCUCUUUUAUGCAUUUGUGGUGUCCAAUCAGAUGAGCCAUGCCAGACCCACAAAGGCUUGUAAAUGCUUGAAAUGAGAUUGAUACUCUGCAGUGGCACUAGAACAACUGAAAGGACAGAUUUAUAUUUUGCUUAUAAAGUAGCACAAUUUUACGUUUUGGCUUUGGGUUAUUUUUUCCAAUGAUGUGCAAUUUUUGGUCUGCCGUCCUUGUUUAGGUUGUCUAAUUUCCAUGAAACAGGAGAAAAUUUGUGUUAGCAGACUCAUCAAACGUUCAACUCAGCAUGAAAAUGUAGAUGGACAUUAUGGGUGCUGCUUAAACAUUCAAAAGGACAAUGGGAGAGCUACCAAUAUUUUAUUUUGUUUUAAUGUUUUUAACAGAAUAUGCAGGAAUAUUGUAAAAUAUUUAUCUGACAAUCAUCAGGGUCUUUUGUUACCUGGCUGGCAGACCGUUUAAAAGAAAAAAAAAUCACUCUUGGGUAAGUUUCCGCUGCUUUCUCUGGUUUUCAAAGUAAAGAUAAUUUCCUAAAUGCAACAGGUUUGCCCUGGUUUGUGUAUAUAUCUUUGUUUCCCUGUUCACAAUGCAUAUAUCAGCAACAAAGUGACGAACAAUAAUGAUAUACAGUAUUGUAGGUCCAAUAUUCUAUUGCAAAUGUUUCAUUGUUUGGCCUCAUUGUUUUUCCUUUGUGAUCAGUUAAAGGAAGUCAGUUGGUUGGCUUAUGUGAUUGGAUGCUCUCCUUACAAGGAGAUGUUUGAGAGGUGCACAUGGCUGCACACCACUCCAUCCACUUGACAUAUUUAUAGCCUCAGGUCAGCUCAACAAUGAAAUUAUACUUUCCACUCUUCUUGAGGAGGCCACAAUACCUUUCCACUCCUCACACUGUCCACAUGUUCUUAGUCAUUUGUGUCAGCUUUUUACAAGAUUCUCUGGAAGGUAUGUUAAGAAAAAAUAGAAAACUUGUCUGUACAAUCUUACCAACAAACACUCGUUUGCUGAAUAUUCACACGUCACUUGAAUCCCAAGAGCUUACGAUCAUUUGGCCCAUAUGUCAUAUAUGCAAGUUUUCAUAUAUAUUUGGUUAAAAUAUUUUUACAAAUAAAAUAAUACCAACAGACCUUUCUCUACAAUAAAGUACAGGAUGAUAUAGUCAACAAUGAAACUACAGCUUUCCUCUCAGAGCCCCCAUGAUGCUGCUGAGCUGGGAACAGUCUCCAUAUGCCACCAGACCUCCGUAGUUAGCCCAGCGGUCAGCACCUUUACCCUCAGUGUAAGGCUGGUGAUAGGUCAGUUCUACCUUCGCCUCAGAACUGCACUUCAAACUCUUCGUCAGGUCUACCACGCCCCCUCCAAGGGCUCGAAGCAGUGCGUGAGGCGCGCAGGAGUCCCACUUAAAGGUGCUUCCUUCUGAGAGGACGUAGGCGCCGGCCAGGCCCUGAAUGACGCACAGGAUUUUGUAGCCAGCUCCCGAGGCGUACAUCAGCUUUUCUGGUCCGCACAGCGUGGCCAGAGUCUCCUUCACCACCUGCUUCUCGCUGGAGCUCAACACCACCGACAGUGCCCGACGUCCUUCGGUUCCAGAUCUGGGAUGUGACACUGAGCACACGUUGACAUCGCCGCAGGACACGCCCCAGAAGAACUUCCCGCUCCAGCUGGAAGCAAAUGAUCGGGUCAGAAUAACUUGCGUAAUCGGACAAUAAUCAGAGACAAAUGCAGACUGAAGCAAAUGAAGACACAAAUGACUGUCUAUAGCUUUUUUUUUUAAAGAAACAUGGAACUAUACAGGGUGCCCACAAAGCAUCUUUACAAUUUAAAACUAUUACAAAAGCAACUGAUGAUGCUGAUCAGAUUUGUUCCAUGUAUACUCAGUUUUCAAUCACAUUGCAUGUGUGUACUUCAGGAACCCUGUUGAUGAAGAAAAAUGAUUUUCCUUCUCAAAUGAGGUCCCCAAACAUUUAAAUAUCUACUUCUCAUUUUGUAUUAAUUUCCACACAUUUGUUAAAGUGUAAAGAGAUCCACUGUAUAUUGAACUGAUCAAAGCAGUAAGGUCUGCCGCUAUAGAGCAGACGCAGUGGAACCUCCAAAGUUAAAUUUCAUAUUAUGCGGAGAACAUUUCUGCGGAAAAAUGUGCCUCAGAAGUCACCAAAAAACAUCAUCAUGCACGAUGUCAUGUCACAUGUCAGCAAAUCGAAAGACAGCUCAGUGAGCAUCUACAGGAUAUUCUCCAUGGUUUGUUUGUGUUAUUUGAGUUGUCACCGCAAAAGGGUAGCAAUGAUGGCAAAGACUAAGUGUGAGCUCUCAUAGGAAAGGGUCCCGCUUCUCAAUAUAUUAUGAACCAUACAAUGACUGAAAUAUCUUAUCUUCAUCGUACAUUUAUGAUCAA